UUGGGGGCAAAAUUUUACCAUUGCUCCACUUGCGAUCGUAUCGAAUCCAGAAAUAUUGUAUAAUCCUUUCAACAAUGUAUUUGAUGCGUAAGAUUUUGCUGUGCUUCUUGUUGUUCAAUAUCGAUGAUUUAUUUUUUUUUAGAGAAAAUUUAGUUUUCGCUUUUGAAAACCCAUUAAUGCCAGGUCUUGCCAUUCGCACUGGCAUAAAAACAGCUAUCAAAGCUUCAUCUCAUGUCCUCGGAUCAUGGAAACCUCUGACUCUCAUCACACCCUUGGAGGAAACUUGUUUGGUUAAUCUUACGUCACAGUCACUCGAUGCGCGAAUUAUUACUCCUAAAACCGUGUCAACCGUGACUGGAGGUGUUUUUGGCAAAGAUAAUUACGAAUUUCACAAGUAUUCGUGCUUUUGGAAUAUUGGCUCGUGUAAUGAAACUAAUAUGGAGUGUCGAGUAUAUUUCUUCAACUUGAAAUACAACUCAUUUAGAAAUGCUUUAGAUCACAAUGAUGGAAUUAUGGUCAUGAAUUUUCCAGUUGCAACUGAUGGUGAAUUUCCUAACCCGUUGUUUCAUGGAUUUUCUAAAGUAAUUGGGAAAAAACUCAAACGACCCGGAGACUGUUCCAAAGUUCAUAGCGCUUUCACCUACCGAUGGUACGUGAAUUUCCCCCUCGAAAGUGUUUAUACAAGUUAUAGAGCGGAUUUCAACGAUGAAGAAUUUGGAAAAAAAUUUUGUGCUGUUGUGGUUAACCUGCCUAUGAAUCGGCGUUUGAAUUACAUUUCAAAGGAACAGUUCAAAUAUACGUUUGGAAAAAUUAGAGGAAUUUCACAGCAAGCUGUGAGUGAUGGUUUCAUUCAAAAUGCUGGUCUAGCUAAGACACCGAUUGAAAGGCAUGAAGGAAUUUGUGUUUUAAAUAUCCCAGCAUGAUUAUAGUGUGAUUCGAAAACAUGUUAAAUAAUUUGAACAAUACUUAUGAUUAAAAUAUGCCAAUGGUC